AUGGAGCAGAUUAAAGGACCUGUGAAUGAUACAAUACCUCAUUUUUACCUACCACAUCACUCAGUAUUCAAAGAGACAAGCACCACAACGAAAACCAGGGUUGUGUUUGAUGCUUCGUGCAAGUCAGCUUCUGGUUAUUCGCUAAACGACACAUUACUGGUUGGUCCUGUCGUCCAACGUGACUUACUUUCCAUCGUCAUAAAGUUCCGGAUACAUCCUGUUGUAAUUGUUGCCGACAUUGAAAAAAUGUACCGGCUGGUUCACCCCGAUGAUCAGUCAUUUCAACGCAUUCUGUGGCGAUCGAGUCCAGACGAUCCCAUUUCUACAUAUCAAUUGAAGACGGUUACCUACGGUACAUCGUCUGCUCCUUACCUUGUGACAAAAACACUCCAGCAACUUGCAAAUGAUUAUGGUGGAUCAGAUUUCCACGCAGUGAGAUCACUUCGGGAAGAUUUUUAUGUCGAUGAUCUGCUCACUGGUGCAGCAGACGUAGAAUCAGUAAUCAAACUUCGUCGGGAAUUAUCCGCAAUGCUCAGCACCGCUGGGUUUCCUCUAAAAAAGUGGGCAUCUAAUGCAACUGAAGUUCUUGAGGAUGUGCCGCCAGAGGAUUUGGCCAUUCUUCCGUACCGUAGCCUCCAGGACGAGCAAGCUGUCUCCACUCUUGGUCUUGUCUGGGAACCAAAGUCCGACACACUCCGGUUCAAUGUUCAUUUGCCGCUUCCCUCUGCCGUCCUGACAAAACGAAAGGUGAUGUCAUACAUCGCACGGAUCUUCGAUCCGCUCGGACUAGUCGGUCCUACGAUUUCUAAGGCCAAACUGUUCAUGCAGCGUUUGUGGGCUCUGAAGCACAACGGCCAAAGCUGGGACUGGGACACUCCCCUCCCAUUGAAACUGCAAGAAGAAUGGAAACAGUUCCAUUCUACACUCAAUCUCCUUAGUGAAGCUCGUAUCCCGUGA